AAGAGGUGACCGGACACUUCUCUCUCUCUGUGUUCUCGCGGUGUUUCAGCUGUCACACACUCACUCACGCGCAGGUUGAGUUGAGCCAUUGACAGGCCUCCAAACACACACACACACACACACACACACACACAUCGACACACACCACAGCAGAGCACAUUAUUCAUGUGUGUCGGUUUGAAGGCUCCACUCUCCAUCCUCCUCUCUGGAAGUUUCUGCUGCUUUUAUUUAUUUUUCUACAUUGAUGAAUAUUUCGUUCUUCACGCGCCUCGACGUUCAUUUCUUUUAUUUUCAUGUUGUGACGUUUUUUCUUCUGGUUUGUGUCAUUCAGCGGAAAGAUUUCAGACCGUCAACACUUUUUUUUUUAAAUAUCUCUUGAGGAUUUUUGUAGCUACUUCCUGUUAAUUCAUCUCCAGAAGCUGAUCAUCGUGCUCCCGGUCUGCAUGGACAACAUGAACUCGUUUGUGGAGUACUCCAUCUGUAACCGACCGGGCACUGGCGCUUAUUCUGCGCCUAAAUCUGGAUAUCACCACCAUCACCUUCACCACCACCACCUUCCACUGGAGCAGCACCAGGGCUUCCCGGUGACCUCCGGUGCUUUCCACACAGCACCCACAGUCUCUGCAGCUUCCGUUAACAGCACGAGGACUGACAGCAGCACCGGGGGAGCGGGUUACACCGGGGACACGCGGCUGUACGUGGGAACCGGAGGGACAAAUGAGGCGAGCCACCAUCAGCAUCACCAUCACGAACAGCAGCAGCAGCAGACUCAUAACGGCUACCAUCAUCAUCCUCACCUUCACCAGACACAAACCGGGAUAAUGUCUCCGUAUAACACCGGGAACACCGGGGCCUACGCAGGCCAGCCGUGCCAAACUAACUCGGAUUACUCCCCCAGCACCGUGCACUCCCAGUACUUCAUGGAGGAGUCUGCGGCCUCCUCCUACUAUCAUCAAUCAUCCUUCCCCAGCGCGGCCCCCACAGUCGGGCCCAGCUACGGGGCCCUGGCCGGGGCCUACUGCGGGCCUCAGGGCGCUUUGGCCGGGCCCCAGUACCCCCAGCAGCUCGGUGGGGGUCUGGACGCAGCGGGCUACCUGGGACUCACACACGGGGGAGGAUACGGGGAGCUGCCGGCCUCCCAGGACCGAGAGAGGGGGGAAGAGGAGGGUCAGCAGGCCGGGCAGGGGCAGACCUUCGACUGGAUGAAGGUGAAGAGGAACCCGCCGAAAACAGCCAAAGUGGCAGACUUCGGCCUCGCGGGCGCACACAACAACGCCAUGCGCACAAACUUCAGCACGCGGCAGCUCACGGAGCUCGAGAAGGAGUUCCACUUCAGUAAAUACCUGACGCGCGCGCGACGCGUGGAGAUCGCAGCGACGCUCGAGCUCAACGAAACGCAGGUGAAGAUCUGGUUCCAGAACCGGAGGAUGAAGCAGAAGAAGCGCGAGCGGGAGGGCGCGUGCUCAUCCACGGCGCGCUCCUCUUCCUCCAACAAGGAGCUCGAGGACACGGACCAAUCCUCCGCGUCCACGUCACCGGGCGCGUCCCCGAGCUCAGAGACGUAGGUGCCGUGCAGACGUGUAGAGACAUAUUGAAUGAAUUCUCUGUUUGGGGAGAAAUCUCAAAGACUGAUGAGGGACUUCCUUCAGACCUCAGCCUGCUUCAAAUGUCUGCUUCAGUUUCCUACAUGUCCCAGAAUUCUUUUCAAAAACCAGCCAAUCACCUGGACUGAAUCAGUUUCAGAGAGUUAAAGAGACUGUCACACCUUAAUCAAACCCUUGUUUUCUGCUUCUGUAAGUGAUGAUUUUAUCCAAACAGGAGA